UGAGACUUUUGGUCGUGGAGGGGCGUUGUGUUCUUUGGCGGAAAGCGCAAUUCCUCAUGGGGAGCACGUGGCGCUUGCAUUGCAGAAUUCAAUGUGCUCGAGGCGAACAAUCUUCAGAGCAGGCCAGCGUCACUGCCACAUUUCACGAUCUGAUUUGCUCGAAUCCUGUCAUCGCUACGACUGAGCUGAAUGGAAGUCACAGUGGAAUUCUUGGAGCCAAAAAUGCACUUUUGAGGACCUACAGGUGGAUGCCGUGUGAAGAUGUUAGGUCUCGCCAGAGGACCCAGAGGAAGUGACCGGAACCAGUAGUGCUCGAUUGUUGCAUGAUGUUGAGCGGCUGGAUUCACAGAAUUGGAACUAGGGUUCAGUUGGACACUCCAAUGGGUGGAUCGGAUGAUUUCUGGGUUGUUCAGAUUAGGCAAGUGGAACUGUCCAGCCCAGCCCAAUUCACGCGAUUCUUUGACCGCGAUUUCAUUGUUCGCCAAAUGUAGGAUAAGAGAAAAUGCGUUCAGCUGGGUUUAUCGCCAGCUGCAGGAAAGAGGUGUGGGUUUGUGAUGCAGGGGAUAUACAGUCCUCUAUAUAUUGAUUUUCACUGCACAUGAAAAAUGAGGCGAGGGCCACAUUGUCAGAGAUCGGAGUUGAUCUCUCAUGUUUCCACGCACAGGUGCAAGGAAGAGUACUGUUUUUUGCAGCUGUCGGUUUGAGCAAUUCGAUUUUGAUAUUGUGAGAAACAAUCCCGAAGCCUCUCGCCUCACUUUUGCAAGAAGUGCAAAUUUGGAUGCAGAGAUAUCCUCUUGGUUUUCAGCAAGCGCAGUUCCGAGCUGGAAAUCGUCGAAUUCGAGAAUCACGAGGGUCACUCAUGCAAUUCGUUUCAUGAGAGUCGUAUCUGUGCUGGAUAGGCUUUGAGAAAUGGCUGGGAGAUUAUCGAGGCUGGCUAUAUUCCAACAAAGCUUACAAUCGAUUGUUUAUGUUGAAUACGGACUCGCUACCUUAGAAAGCGGGAAUCGCACCCCUGCAUUCACCGGGGUGCUGAGUCGAUCAUACUUUUCGUCUUCGAGAGCCAAAGGAGGCAUAUCUCAACAUGAAAAGCCCACCGUCAAGUCACCUGUGGUGGACACAAAAAGUCUCCGACUGUUGGCAUCUUUAGACAAGUAUUUAGAUAUCUCGAAUUUCAGAUAUUGGUCAGCUUCAUGGUUAAAACCUCUAGCUGGAAGUCUACGCCGCGAAAAGAAGGAGAACCUGAAACAUGAGGCCUGGAUCUGGGCCAAGCAUGGCCAGAAGAGCUUGACUCUAAGACGCAUCGACCAACAAGAUCAUCGCUAUUCACCUAGUGUGAUCAGAAGGAACUACAAGAAUGGUGACAAGCCUUCUGCACUGGAAGGCGGAGUGAAGUACAGUGUGAUACGAGUUGACAGACAUGGGGUUCUACAGCCGCUUGAGCUCAGUACAUCGCAGCUGGGAUUGCACCCACGAGAUAUCGAUCUCUUAUCAAGCAGUUCGUUUAUUCCUCAGAGGGCCACCAUAGCCGUGCGGAAUGAACUUGUCCUGGUGCGAAUGGAGAACGUGAGGGCAAUUGUCUGCAAGGAUCAUGUUCUUCUGUUCGAUGCACGCCACCCUCGCACAUCUAGAGACAUAAAUUCGAGUGGGUCUUUCAGUGGUGGUCACGGGGCAGCUGAUAUCCAUCGGGCGAGGGAUGCGUUCGCCAAAUCUCUGGCGGAAGAAGCCAGACAAAAACCUUCUUCUCUAUUGGACUCGAUGCCUUUUCACCUGCGCAUGCUGGAAUGCUUGCUAGAGGAGACGAGUAAUUUCUUCCAUCAAAAGGUGGACAGACUCAAGCUUGUGGUCGAGCGAAUGUUGGAGGAGCUGACCGACGAUGUCAGCAUGGGUGGGUUGCAGAGGCUUCUGCCUUUGAGAAGAGCAGUGACUGAGGUGGAGCACGAUGUGAGGGAUGCACAUGAGGCAAUGGAUCAGGUUCUGCGCAGUGAUGAUAUUCUACUUGCCCUGUGCUUGUGCAAACCGGGAAGGUCUCCGGAGGUCACUCAGACAAUUGAGCAUGACCGAACUAAUAGUCCAGGGGAAAGAGAAGAGCAUCACCACCUGCGGCAGGCAGCUGCGGACAUGCUUCUCACUUACCAAAGAGAGGUCGACGAUGCAGGAGGUGUGCUGGAAGAGCUCAGAAAGGGCAUGGAAGCAGCGCAGGAAAUUUGGGAGCUUGGGCUGGAUACAACUCGCAAUCGAAUCAUUCGCAUGAAUCUGUACAUCAGUAUCUCCACCCUCUCAAUCAGUUUAGCAACACUCCCAGCAGCAUUCUUUGGCAUGAACUUAGUCAGCGGUUUCGAAGAUCAUCCGACCUUGUUCUACACAAUUGUAGCUUGUGCCUCCGUCGCACCCCUGGCACUGUGUACGGGGAUUUUGGUGGGAUUUCGCUUAUGGCCCAAAGUAGUCGACAAACGUCGCGCUCAGGAUCUUGCUGGUUUACGUGACUUGCUGCAGCAUCUUGACAGCAUUGAUGACAUUAUUCAGUCUGUCGCUCGUGAAGUGGCAGGCAAGGCCCUCACUCGGAAAGAAUUCCAGGAUGUUUUGAGAUCACAUCCCUCUUCACGUUUCAUGCGCCAGAAAGAGCUUGAUCUCAUUUUUAGAAUGUUUGAUACUAAUAGAAACGGUCUGCUGGAAGUUGACGAGUGGAACUCUCAAACAUCCACGGACAGCGAGAGCCCAAAUAGCAGGGUCUCGAGGUAAUUGUACUUGAAACUGAACUUGGAGAUAGUGUGCUUUGCAUGAGAUGGUAGACUAGGUGGCUUUACAUCUUGUAUUUAUGUACCGACGUAAUUCCUGGUUAUGCUUCUCAUUGUAAUUAUAGAGAUUUCAGCCCUACACCAUUGUUUCCGAUCAAUGUCUCGUCAUUUUUGAGAAGUGCACUCAUGUGUUCACUCUUCGUUUAGUUAUGCCUGUAAAUUACAGCUUUACGCCAUAACCCAGAAGUAUGAUUGUAAUUCGUCUGCAUUUUCAUUCCGAAGAGCGUUCGGUUGUGG